AUGGCUCCUCAAAUCACCGUCCUCGGCUCCCUCAACAUCGACCUGACGUCUUACGUCCCUCACCACCCCCUGCCAGGCGAGACCCUGACGUCGAACUCGGUCGUCAUCUCCCCCGGUGGCAAGGGCGCAAACCAAGCCGUCGCCUGUGCGAAGCUCUCCCGGUCCCGUGAGUCUCCGAACGAUGCCGCCUCUGAAUCCGCCUCCGUCUCCAUGAUCGGCGCCGUCGGCUCCGACUCGUACGGCUCUCUCCUCCUGAAGCACCUCGGCGAGUACGGCGUCCGCACCGACCGCAUCACUGUCGGCGACGACCUCAAGACCGGCAUGGCCAUCAUCGUUGUCGACGAGCCCACCGGACAGAACCGCAUCAUCCUCGCCCCGGAAGCCAACUACGCCGUCACCGCCGACAAGUUCGGCUCCCUUCCCCAGACCCUCGAGCCCAAGCCCGACCUGCUAGUCAUGCAGCUCGAGGUUCCCCUCGACACCGUCCUGACCGCCCUGCGCUCCGCAAAGGCCGCCUCCGUACCCGUCCUCCUGAACCCCGCCCCCGCCCAGCGCCUCCCCGAGGAGGCCUACGACGGACUCGCCCACCUCGUCGUCAACGAGACCGAGGCCGCAAUCCUCUCCGGCUGCCAGGAGUCCGACCUCGACACCCCCGAGGGGCUGAAGCGCGUCGGCGAGUGGUUCAUCGCCAAGAAGGUCCAAAACGUCGUCAUCACCCUUGGCGGCCGGGGCGUCUACUACGUCAACAAGGAGGGCGCCGCCGAGCUCAUCCCCGCGGAGAAGGCCAAGGUCGUCGACACCACGGCCGCCGGCGACACCUUUGUCGGCGCCUACUGCGUUGCUGCCGUCGCUGCGCAGGCCAAGGGCGAGACCUUUGACAUUGCUCAGAGCAUCCGCAGGGCCAACCACGCGGCGGCCAAGACCGUCGAGCGUAAGGGUGCCCAGACCUCUAUUCCGUGGAGGGAUGAGCUUCAGCAGUAG